AAAAGUAAAAUAGAGUGGCUGAUGAUUGUAAACAGAGAAGAAAUGGCUAUGGCUACUUGUACUCAGCUAUCUUCUUCUUCAUCUUUGUUUCACCCUCAAAUUACCAAAAAGCCCUUCCUUCUCCCGUCCCCGGCGACGAUCAGCGUUCAUGGGUUCUCUACACUUAGGCCAAAGUCUCUCUCUUUAUCCCAUCGUUCUUCUGUCUCAGCUUCUGCUGCUUCUUCCUCCGUCGACGUCACUGAACAGAAGAAAUCAACAAGAACACUUCCGUUUAGAGUGGGUCACGGGUUCGAUCUGCAUAGGUUAGAGCCAGGGUACCCUCUGAUAAUCGGAGGGAUUGAUAUCCCUCACGAUAGAGGCUGCGAAGCUCACUCCGACGGGGAUGUGUUGCUUCAUUGUGUAGUGGAUGCAAUCUUGGGAGCGUUAGGGCUUCCUGAUAUAGGUCAGAUCUUCCCUGACUCUGAUCCUAAAUGGAAAGGAGCUGCAUCCUCUGUCUUCAUCAAAGAAGCUGUGAGACUCAUGGACGAGGCAGGGUACGAGAUAGGGAACCUAGACGCCACAUUGAUUCUACAGAGACCGAAGAUUAGUCCUCACAAAGAGACAAUACGAUCUAAUCUCUCCAAGCUUCUUGGUGCAGAUCCUUCUGUGGUGAACUUGAAAGCUAAAACACAUGAGAAAGUUGAUAGCCUUGGAGAAAACAGAAGCAUUGCAGCUCACACUGUUAUUCUCCUCAUGAAGAAGUGAUUCAGAUUAAUCAUAUUCCUUAAAUGUAUCAAAUCUCAUUAUUAAAAGAUAUUGUUAAUCUAAAUUUACACUUGGUGUAAUCACCCUUUUGAACGGUAUUAAUCCCCUCUUCGAAACAAUGAAAACCGAAUGAUGCUGAUGGUGA